AUGAUUUCUGCUUUCUUUCUUUUUUUUUUUUCUUUCUUUCUUUCUUUCUUUCUUUCUUUUUCUUUCUUUCUUUCACUAUCAUUCAUUGUUUCUUCCUAUAUUGUUUAUUUUUUAUUUCUUCUUUCUUUCUUCCUUCCGUCAUUUAUUACUGCUUCUUUCUUUCUUUCUUUCUUUCUUUCUUUCUUUCUUUCUUUCUCUAUCAUUCAUUGUUUCUUCCUAUAUUGUUUAUUUCUUCUUUCUUUCUUUCUUUUUCUUUCUUCCUUCCGUCAUUUAUUACUGCUUCUUUCUUUCUUUCUUUCUUUCUUUCUUUCUUUCUUUCUUUCUUUCUUUCUUUCUGCGUUUUUUUUUUCCGUUUAUUAUCUAUCUAUCUAUCUAUCUAUCUAUCUAUCUUCUCUAUGUCAGUAUAUUCAUAUCUAUCUAUCUAUCUAUCUAUCUAUCUAUCUAUCUAUCUAUCUAUCUAUGUCAGUAUAUUCAUAUCUAUAUAUCUAUCUAUGUCAGUCUAUUCAUAUCUAUCUAUCUAUCUAUCUAUCUAUCUAUCUAUCUAUCUAUCUAUCUAUCUAUGUCAGUCUAUUCAUAUCUAUCUAUCUAGCUAUCUAUCUAUGUCAGUAUAUUCAUAUCUAUCUAUCUAGCUAUCUAUCUAUCUAUCUUCUCUCUCUAUGUCAGUAUAUUCAUAUCUAUCUAUCUAUCUAUUUAUCUAUCUAUGACAGGGUAUUCGUAUCUAUGCAUAAAUUUAUUUUGUAUUCAUAUCUAUCUAUCUAUCUAUCUAUGUCAGUAUAUUCAUAUCUAUAUAUCUAUCUAUCUAUGUCAGUAUAUUCAUAUCUAUCUAUCUAUCUAUCUAUCUAUCUAUCUAUCUAUCUAUCUAUCUAUCUAUCUAUGUCAGUAUAUUCAGAUCUAUCUAUCUAUCUAUCUAUCUAUCUAUCUAUCUAUCUAUCUAUCUAUCUAUGA